AUGAGUUGUACUAUUGCUGAUGGAUUUGUAUUACCUUCGUCGCGUACCACGAGGCAAAUAUCGUUGUCGUUUGAACCCUCGGUCACUGAAGCUCGAGGCUCGGAUAGAGCAGUAUCACUGCUGUCAAAGUCUUCCAGAAUCCCACCCAGAUUAUCUUUUACAACUCAAUUACAAGGCGUUCCUACCUGGGUGGAAGUUGGCGUUGGCUUGACAGCUGCCUUUGGGGCAUGGUUGUACAUUGAUGGUGCCGACGAUCGCGCACGAAGCUCGAUUCGAGAGGAAGAAAACGCUCGUUACGAGGCAUACCAGGCAACAAAAGCGCAAAAGGCAUAUGUUGAGCCCAAGGACUAUUGGACCUUGGAUGAAUUGGCAGAGUACAAUGGGUUCCCACAUGUCCACAAGAAGACUGACGCCGACGACAACAACGACGAGUAUGCUCUGGAUUACGAAGGUCCCAUUUUGUUAGCUGCUGAUGGUUUGGUCUUUAACGUUUGGAAAGGCAGAAACUUCUAUGGGCCUGGCGGUGAAUACCAUAUCUUUGCCGGGCGAGAUGCGACGCGACUAUUGGCCAAAACAAUUGUUCGUGAAGAAACGGCAGACGAAGCCUCCAAGCCUCUCAACAUUGGGGAAAGGGCAUCGUUGGCUGCGUGGAUGUUUACGCUGAAGAACAAGUACGACAUUGUGGGGAAACUGAAAGACUUUGAUCCUUCUUCAACGGCGAUGUAUUGA